GCCCGUCCCCGUUGUCCGUCCCGUCGUGUCCGGCCUCCUCCGGCCCGUCCGUGACCCCCCCCGCAACCCCACGGCCACGGGAGCCCGGACCCCAGACAAAGGUGCAGGGGAAGCCGGCCUUUGCCUGGGCAGAGCACACCCAACGUCGUCAUGAAGGCCCUGGAUGAGCCCCCGUACUUGACCGUGGGCACAGACGUCAGCGCCAAGUACCGAGGAGCUUUCUGCGAGGCCAAGAUCAAGACCGCCAAGAGACUGGUCAAAGUCAAGGUAACGUUUCGGCACGACUCUUCGACAGCGGAAGUACAGGAUGACCACAUCAAGGGCCCUUUAAAGGUGGGCGCUGCUGUGGAAGUGAAGAACGCAGAUGGAGCAUAUCAGGAAGCUGUCAUCAAUAAACUGACGGACGCAAGUUGGUACACCGUAGUUUUCGAUGACGGCGACGAGAAGACACUCAGACGCUCUUCCCUGUGCCUGAAAGGGGAAAGACAUUUUGCUGAAAGCGAGACACUAGACCAGCUCCCUCUCACCAACCCCGAGCAUUUUGGCACGCCAGUCAUAGGGAAGAAAACAAACCGGGGACGGCGGUCUAACCACAUCCCCGAAGAAGAAUCCUCAUCAUCUUCCAGCGAUGAAGAUGAAGACGACCGGAAACAAAUCGAUGAACUACUCGGAAAAGUGGUCUGCGUGGACUACAUUAGCCUGGAUAAAAAGAAAGUUCCAGGAUUUCCAGCGCUGGUGGUCUGCCCGGAUUGCAGCGACGAGAUUGCGGUGAAAAAGGACAACAUCCUGGUCCGUUCCUUCAAGGAUGGCAAAUUCACCUCUGUCCCCCGGAAAGACGUCCAGGAAAUUAGUAGCGACGCCGCGCCGAAGCCUGAUGCCGUGUUAAAACUAGCCUUCGACCAAGCGCUCGAGUUCCACAAAAGCCGGACUAUUCCUAGCAAUUGGAAGACCGAGCUGAAAGAGGACAGUUCCAGCAGUGAAGCGGAGGAGGAGGAGGAGGAAGAGGAGGAUGAAAAGGAGAAAGAGGACAACAGCAGCGAAGAAGAGGAAGAAAUAGAACCUUUUCCCGAGGAAAGAGAGAACUUCCUUCAGCAGCUGUACAAGUUUAUGGAAGACAGAGGCACACCUAUUAAUAAGCGGCCCGUUCUUGGAUACCGAAACUUGAAUCUCUUUAAAUUAUUCAGACUCGUGCAGAAGCUCGGAGGAUUUGACAGCAUCGAAAGCGGAGCGGUGUGGAAGCAAGUCUACCAGGACCUCGGGAUCCCCGUGUUAAACUCGGCGGCGGGCUACAAUGUUAAAUGUGCAUACAAAAAGUACUUAUAUGGCUUUGAAGAGUACUGCAGGUCAGCAAACAUUGAAUUUCAGAUGGCGCUGCCCGAGAAGGUUUCCAACAGGCCCUGUAAGGAGUGCGAAAACGCCAAGGAGGGAAAAGUCCACGAAGAACCUGGACCGGAGGUUAAAGCCGUAAAGGCCGAGGAGGGAGCGACGGAGCCCCAAGAAACGGAGAAACCUGCCGGAGAGGAGACUGAGAGAAAAGAGAAUAUAAAGCCUCCUCUGGGAAACAGGAAGAACGUCCCGGAACCCGGGGCUACGCAGGCCGAUCGGGAGAAGGAAUCGGGUAGAGAAAAGAACGAAGAGGACGAGCGCCUGGAAGAGAAAGCUGAGGAGAUUUCUAAAGUAGACGAAGCCCUCGGCGCCAAGGGAGAGGCAGAGGAAGAGAAAGGAAAAUCCGGAGAUGAAGCGAAUAAGGAGGAAGAGGAAGAUGAGGAAGAAGCAGAAGAGGAGGAGGAGGAGGAGGAGGAGGUGGAGGAGGAGGAGGAGGAAGAAGAAGAGGAAGACGUUGAUGACCCCAAUGAGGAAGAGGAAUUUGAAUGCUAUCCACCAGGCAUGAAAGUCCAAGUGCGGUAUGGACGAGGGAAAAAUCAAAAAAUGUAUGAAGCUAGUAUUAAACAUUCUGAUGUCGAAGGUGGAGAGGUCCUUUACUUGGUGCAUUACUGCGGAUGGAAUGUGAGGUACGAUGAGUGGAUUAAAGCCGACAAGAUAGUGAGACCGGCUGAUAAAAACGUGCCCAAAAUAAAACAUCGAAAGAAAAUAAAGAAUAAGAUCGACAAAGAGAAAGACAAGGAUGAGAAAUAUUCCCCGAAGAACUGCAAGCUGCGCCGCCUGUCAAAGCCACCGUUCCCAACCAGCACGCCGCCUGAGACGGGAUCGAAAGCGGACGGCGCGGAAGGCCGGAGCGCCGAACCGGCCCACGUGAAGGCCAUAGAAAUCACGUCUAUCCUGAAUGGACUCCAAGCGUCCGAGAGCUCGGCGGAGGAGAGCGAGCGGGACGCGGAGCCGGCCCCCCAGAGAGCGGAGAGCCCCGGCAAGAAGGAGCCCCCGGGCCCCGAUCCGAGCGAACCGCGGUCCAAGGAGGAGCAGGGCCCCUCCUCGGCCCCCGCAGAAAGCCAAACCCUCCCCGAGCCGGGUGGCCGCAGGGAGCCGGAAGAGUUCUCCGAGGACAGUGACUCCGAGGAGGAGGACGGAGCCUCCAAGAAGAGGAAGGACGCCAAGAGGGAGGCGGGCGAUAAGGCGGCGAAGCCCCCGGCGAAGCGCGGCAAGAGGCGGUUCGGCGGCGGCGAGGACGGGGCCAAGGCGGGCUCCCCCAGCCGCAAGGACGACAGAGCCAAGGGCAAGGAGGCCCCGGGCUUGGAGCACAGCAGCAACAGCUCCUCGGAGGAUGACGAGGACGAGAAAGCCAAGGUCAAGGGGACGCCCGCCAAGAAGUACAACGGCCUGGAGGAGAAGCGGAAGUCCCUGCGCGCCACCGUCUUCUACUCCGGCUUCUCCGAGGUGGCCGAGAAGAGGCUGAAGCUCCUCACCAGCUCGGACGAGCGGCCGCCCGCCAGCCGGGCCAAGGACCGCAAGGACGUCUGGUCGAGCAUCCAGGGGCAGUGGCCCAAGAAGACGCUGAAGGAGCUGUUCUCCGACUCGGACACGGAGACCGCGGCCUCGCCCCCGCACGCGUCCCCGUGGGACGGCGGCGCCGCCGGGGAGGAACAGCCGGCGGCCGCGACGGCGGCGGCGGCCGGAGAAGAGGAGCGCCGCCCCGCCGGGCCCAGGCCCGGGCCCGACCCGGACCGGCCCGGCCCGCCCGGCGCGGAGGGGAAACCCGCGGAGGAGAAGGCCGUGGAGACGGGCGACAAGAAGGCGGACUUCCCCAGCAGCGGGAGCAACUCAGUGCUCAACACCCCGCCCACCACCCCGGAGUCGCCGGCCUCGGUCACCGCGACGGAGACCGGGCGGCAGCCGGCCGCCGGGCCGGCCUCCGAGGCGCUGGCGCCCGGCCGGGAGGAGGUCCGCGGCAUCAAGAGCGAGACGGACAGCACCGUCGAGGUGGACGGCGUGGCCGGGGAGCUCCACGACCUCCGGUCCGAGGGGAACGUCUCGCCGACGGGCUUCGACGCCGGCGUCGGCUCCGGGAGCGGCACCCGGCCCGAGCCGGAGCACCCGGAGAAGGUCUGCACAGGUCAAAAAAGAGCUAAAGAAGCCCAAGGCGGAGGAAGUUCAGCCAAAAAACCGAAAAGAAACCACAAAACAGCAGUAGUCAACAACAAAAAGAAAGUCAAAGCUUCCAACAGCAGCGACAGCGAGGAGCUCUCGGCCGGGGAGAGCGCGCCCAAGGCCCCGCCGGCCAAGGCGGCGGCCGCCGGGAUGAAGGCCCACAGCGCCAAAUCGCCCGCCAGGAUCCAGUCGCCGGGGAAGUGCGGGAAGAACGGAGAGAAGGACUCCGACCUCAAGGAGCACGGCGGCCGCCUGCCCAAGAUCUACAAGUGGAGCUUUCAGAUGGCUGACCUGGAGAAGCUGUCCAGCGCCGAGCGCAUCGCCAUCCUGCAGGAGAAACUGCAGGAAAUCCGGAAGCACUACCUGUCCUUGAAAUCCGAGGUGGCUUCCAUCGACCGGCGGAGGAAGCGCUUAAAGAAAAAGGAGCGAGAAAGAAAAGCCUUCGUGCGCUUCACGGUCCUCCGGUCUCGGUGGAAAUGGUUUCGGAGCGUCCGGAUCCGUGACUGUGAAAAGAGAUCCGUUGGCGGAGCGACGAAAACGGUUGCAGAGCGUUCGAAUCACGGGAUCGACCGUGAAGAAAGAUCCGUUGGCGGAGCAACGUGGAAGGAAGAGCUCCUAGGAGAGCUGGAAAGCAUCUGUCGGGCUCUGCGGGCCGCGGAGAAUUCUGUAAUAUAGUGUACAAAUGUAAGUAAAGGCGCCGAAAUAAAAUGCCAUAGUUUGUGAAUCCCUGA